AUGUAUCUACGCUGGAACGAUCACAAACCCAGAAGCAUGGAGAGCACGAUUGACACAUCGCGCUCCCUCGAAAUCCAGGCGGUUCUCAUAACUUUCUCUCUAUUAUCCGCCACAACCGUCGUCUUACGGACUUAUAUAAGAACGAAAGUGCUUGGUUCAUUUGGUUUGGACGAUGGCUUGAUGGUGGUGGCACAGGUGCUUGCCAUUGGCUCCGCUGUAGCCAUCGGUCUUGAGAACAAAUAUGGGCUAGGAUAUCAUACAUGGGAGCAACCGAAAAGUGCAUACGUGCCCUACAUGAAGUCCUUCUACGCUUCCAUUGUCAUUUAUAAUAUCGCAAUGUGCCUUGUCAAAAUCGGAAUAUUACUCCAAUACCGACGAGUCUUCGCUAUCCAAGUCAUACAGACCAUCACGUUCUAUGGGACGGCUCUGAUGGUGGCUUGGACGGUUGUCAUCGCAUUUCUCAACAUUCUCAUCUGUGUUCCCGUCGCCAAGUUCUGGGACAAUGAACUACCUGGACGAUGCCUCGAUCCGCUUCUCAUCUGGUAUAUCAUGGCUGGGUUCAAUCUAACGACAGACAUUGCAAUAUUCUGCCUGCCUCUGCCCGUCAUCAAGAGCCUCAACCUCCCCAGAAAGCAAAAGAUAAUGCUCUUUGCUAUCUUUAGUCUCGGAUUUUUCACAUGCUUCAUCUCAAUCUACCGUAUCCGAACACUCAGGACUGCCGCAUCCACAGACGAUCCCAACUGGGAUAACGUAGAUGCCGCCAUAUGGUCUUUUCUCGAAAUCACAAUGGCAAUUACAGCAGCCUGCCUACCGACCCUGCGACCCUUGGUCUCCAAAUUCCUACCCCGGAUGUUCUCUUCCAGCUUGGGUAGAAGCAACCGUGCAUCCCGCUACACCCAGCCACGGAACAGUCUAUAUGUUGGGAACGUUCCUCGAACGAGGACGGAACGACGCAGCAAGAUGUUUGACGACACAAGCACUCUACACGAUGACGCCAUCCCAUUGCCUACCCAUAACAAAGCUCUGCCCUCUCCACGCAGCGCCAAUUUUAGUGUGAGUAUCAAGGCCGGAAACGAAGGGACUGAUGGCGAGGACACUAUUCCCAUCUAUGACGGGGCAGGAAUCUCAGCCAAGACUGUUAUUACGCAACAAGUUGUGGAAGACGAGGGUUGGGACAGCAGUAGGCCAAGCUGCAGCAACAAAUCUUUCUGA